UCUCAUCAAACCAGAGAUGCCACAGGCAUAUGAAUUAUACAUAUAUGCAUAGAUUGACUGGGCAUGUCAGAAAUAUGUGUCAAAAUUGCCAGUCGCGACAAUGAACACAUUCGUUUACCCCGCAAUAACGCUGGGGUUGGCCGCUUUCGUUACGUAUUCGGGUUAUUGCGUUUACAAGCAAAGCCAAGAGAAAUUUCAAACCAACUGCACAUACAACCUUUUCGAAAGUCGACUAAUAGAAAUCUUACAUCAGGAGGCGAUCAAAUCCGAUAGCUAUCACGAGCUGAGCCAUUGCAAGCUGGGCACGGCAGUCGCGCGAAGGGAUUUCUUUAUGAGAAAGGUUCAGGCUGCUAAUCUCUGCAUCAAACUGGGAGAUUACAGCUCGAGUGUUGAUUAUUUGAUUCAAGCAAUGGCAGCGUGCUCGAAACCGGGGGCUUUGCUACAGUGCAUGUCGAAGACGCUUCCUGUUAACGUGUAUAAAUUGUUAAUAGAAAGAUUAUCUAGCUUAACGUGAAGCGGGCAAAUGUAACGUGCAAACGCAUAAUAAAUU